AUGGCAAAGUCUAUAGUGACUGACUUAAUUCAAAUUUUUAAAAGCAGUAUUAAUGCAGUGGUGCCAGGAAAUUUGGUAAAGAAUUGUCUUAAAUACUGCUCAUCUACACAUCGGCUGCAACUUUGUGGUGAAAAGUAUGAUUUAAUUAAUAAAAAUGUUUACAUAGUUGGAACUGGAAAAGCUGCUCGGAAUAUGGCUUAUGAAGUAGAAAAAGUAUUAGGCUCUAAAAUCAAAGAAGGGAUAAUAAGUAUUCCCAAAGGAAACUAUGAUCAUACUACAAUAAAUACAAAUAUGUUUUAUUAUGAAGGUGCCAAAAAUAAUUUGCCAGAUAAGGAUGCAAUGAAUACAGCUGAAAAAGUAGAACAUCUCGUCUCAAACUUAGGUAAAGAUGACUUUCUUUUAGUUUUGAUAUCUGGAGGUGGUUCAGCAUUAUUACCAUUACCGAGGCAUCCAAUAAGUCUUGAUGAAAAAACAAUGUUAAUAAAGAAACUGGCACACUCGGGGGCAGAUAUCAAGGAAUUAAAUACUGUGAGGAAAAGAAUAUCUGGACUGAAAGGCGGUCAAUUGGCUAUAAAAGGCAAAAAUGCACAAAUUGUAGCUUUAAUUCUGUCUGAUAUAAUUGGAGAUCCCUUAGACUUAAUUGCAAGUGGUCCUACAGUAAAAAAUGAAGAUAACCCUUUACAAGCGGUAGACAUUAUUAAAAAGUAUAACUUAUAUGAAAAUCUUCCACAUUCAAUAGUUACUGUUUUAAAUGAAAUUAAUAGUGUUGAAACAUUUCCAAAGGACACAGUUCAAAAUUUUAUAAUAGGUUCUAAUAAACUUAGUACUGAGGCAGCAUAUUAUAAAGCAAUGGAAUUGAAUUAUAUGCCAAUUGAGCUUUCAAAUAUUGUAAAUGGUAAUGUUAAAUUGAUAGCACAAAAUUAUGUUCAGUUAACCACAUCAUUUUGCAACUUUUUAAAUGGAAAAAUUAACAAAUUAACAUUGAAAGAUAUUGUGAAUAAAUUAGACAUACCAGGACUUAGUCCUAAUUUUGUGGAUUCCAUUGAUGAUUCUACUUGUUUUAAAGAAAAAGGUUAUUGUUUGAUAUUUGGAGGAGAAAUUAAUGUUGAAGUGAAAGGGACAGGUAAAGGUGGAAGAAAUCAGCAGCUAGCUUUAGAAUUUUCUAAUUGUAUACAUGACAUAAAAGAUGAAAUAAAUAAUUUUGAUGUUUAUUUUCUAAGUGCUGGUACUGAUGGUAUUGAUGGGCCAACUGAAGCUGCUGGUGCAAUUGGGUAUAGUGACUUGAUUUCAGACUCCAAAAAGGAAUGUCUAGAUGUAAAUUUAUAUCUUAACAAUAAUGAUUCAUAUAACUUCUACAGGAAAUUCAAGGAUGGUUCUUUCCACAUAAUUACUGGACAUACAAACACAAAUGUAAUGGAUAUACAUUUAAUUAUAAUAAAAAAAUGUAAAUAG